AUGUACAGGAACAGAAAAGUGGAACCCACACCAGACAGACCAAGAGAGACAGAAGGGCAGUACAACAGAACCACCAAAGAAGACCUGAGGGCGAAACGACAACGUUCCGAACCUCUCCAUCUCUGCAAAUCCACCUACAUCUCCGUUCACAUAGCCAGCUCUUCCUCCCUCUCCAACCUCUAUCUCUCCUCUCCCUCUCCAUCUCCCUCACCUAACUCUCCACCACCUAUCCACCACCCAGACUACAUACACUCCCUUCCGUGCGCGCACCAAAAACUCAACCAAUUGAAGCCCAAGAAAUUUUCAGGCAUAAUCACAAACGAUAGUAUGGGAAAAAAAAUAAACCUUGAAGAAGCGGUGGAAGGGCGUUUAGCAGUGUGA